GUCUGGAACCAAUUAACUGAUAUAAAUGAGGGACGACUGCAAACAUGGAGAAUUUACAUCGUCUUCAUCCUUGACGUCCUCCGUGGUGAUUGAAGGGUUGAGUUCUGGUGCACAAAGCAGCUCCUGGGCUGCAUGAAACAAGACUCUAAGGACAGACCAGACCUUGUUUUGUAAACUUUGGAUGCUCAGAGGGUCCAAACAGGAAGUGGACUCUUCUCAAGGACCGUCACGUACCUCAUGGAAGAACUUGAAAGGAUGAUUUUCUUCAGUUCAUGAUGGGCACUUCUUCUCAUGCGUAAGCACCUGUUCAUUGUUUCCCAGUGACACCCAAAACAUUUACGGCAGGGGUGUCCAAUGUGCGGCACGGGGCCAUUUUUAGGAAACAACUCCUUUUUUUAUUGGCCCUCGGCACAUUUACAUCCAGUUUAGUUGAUCAACCACAGAUGACCAAAGUGCUGUACACAGCACCUGCACGGCAGCUAGAUAUAAUGCAAUUCACUCAUUGCCAAUGGAGUGUUAAUGAGAUGUGUUAUUAGAUAUUACACUGAUUAGAACUCAAAGCUAAGAUGAUAGCUUAGCAUUUUUUGUACACAGCCCUCACCGGAAAAAGUUUGGACACCCCUGCUGUUAAGUCUGAAAGUACUCCCACGGCACACAUGAUGUACUUUUUACCGCGUGUGUUCCACUGUAGAGUACAUCUGAGCGUGUGAAUGCUUGGCAGUCGAACAUGCAAAUCAUCAUCUUCCUCCUAUUUCCAUGAAUGAGGGGCAGGAGUUCACCCAGUGGACGUGUGUCGGUCAAGCCCUGAUGAUCUUUUAGUGUGUGUGAAUGGUUUUUUUCCAGCAGAGAAGAAAAGGGAAGUGGAGCUGGCUGUGGUGUCAUGGAGGAGGAGGAGGAGCCUCAGAGAGAGCGAAGCCUUGCCGGAGGUGCGGCACACAAUGAGCACAACGCCGCGCACGCUACGACAGCAGAGAUGAGCGACCAGGACAGCAGCUCGUCAGCCUCCCACACAGAGGAGGAGGAGGAGGAAGAGGAGGAAAAAGACAUGAAGGGUCCGCCCCCCAGCAUGUCCAACUUGUCGACCACGCUGAGCACCGUCAUCCGCAUCAAGCAGAAGUACCAGGCCUUGAAGAAGCGGCGCCAGGAGAUGGCACUGGUGAUGGGGGGCUUGACGGGGGCCCCGGCCCGCGCCAGUCCCAAAAUCUUCACCUUUGACAUCACGACCUCCUCACUGGCGAUGUCUUCCGCCCCGUGUCAGCGCAAGAAGAAGAAGAGGAAGAGGAGGGUGUUGUUCCCCGACAGGAAGAGUCGGAGCCGAGUGCCCACACGGGAGCACAGUCCUGCCGAGUAUUGUCUCUGCCUGCUCAGCGUCAUCGUCUUCUUCCAGGUGUACAACGCCAUCGAGAACCUGGACGACCACGUGCUGCGAUAUGACCUGGAGGGUCUGGAGAAGACCUUGAGGAGGGAGGUGUUUGGCCAGCAAGGGGCGGUGGAGGAUCUGCUGUCCCAGCUCAAGGACUACCUGUCGACGUACGUGCACAACAAGCCUCUGGUUCUUUCAUUGCACGGGCCCAGCGGGGUGGGCAAGAGCCACCUGGGGCGUCUCCUGGCGGGACACUUCCGCUCGGUGGUGGGCGAGCCUCUGGUCCUGCAGUACUACGUGCUGCACCACUGCCCCCAGGAGGCCGACGCCCUGCAGUGCGCCCAAGACCUCCACGCCCUCAUCUCGGCCUUGGUAGAGCGAGCGGAGGAGGAGGAGAAGAUCCCUCUGUUGGUGUUUGACGAGGUGGAGCACAUGCAAGGGGACCUCCUGGAUGUUCUGCACGGCCUGGUGGCGUCCAAGCAGUCCAACCAGUUCCUCAACGCCGUCUACGUCUUCCUCAGCAACCUGGGCCAUCAGCACGUCACCAAGCAUGUGCUGCACAACGUCUCCACGGCCACCGCCACUUCCUGUUGUAACGAAAACCCGCUCAGAGACCUGACCCCCAUCUUGCGGAAGUCUCUGGAGGAGCUUCACGCUCUGUGGACGCAGGCGGACAUCUUGCCUCUGGGCCUCUUGGAGAAAAGUCACGUGAUGAAGUGCUUCCUGGAUGAGAUGACCCAGGAGGGCUUCUACCCCGACCGCACGCACGUGGAGAGGCUCGCCAGCGAGGUGGAGUACUACCCCACCGCGGGAGGGCGGGAAUAUUCCGUGACAGGCUGUAAGCAGGUGGUGGCCAAGGUCAACCUGCUGUGAAGGUCAACAAGAAACUUGAUGCUCACAAAAACAUGGAGACCAGGACACAUCUCAAUACCACAAAAACAUCUUUUGAGACUUCCUCCAGCAGCUUCGUUCCCUUCACAAACGGAGAUCUGAGCUCAGAGAACUGGACUAGAGAUCAUGGAGUCGUCAUGCUUCCACUCAGCACCACAUGUUCAGAUAAUGUUCAUUUCACUUCAUCAGGCUGCUCCACCUAAUCGUGACUUUAAGGCAAUCUGAAGAACACAACUUUUACAAGUUAGCAAAUUAGCUUGCAGCCUGGCUAACAAGCUAGCUCAGUGCAUGUAUAUGUUUUUAAAUCAUUUUGUAAUUACUCCACCUCUACAUGCAGGCUCUGUCCACACGGAAACUUUCCUGGGAGUUUGUUUUUUUUUUGGCCAGGUUGAAAAAAAUUGGCGUCCACACUGUGCCGGAUGAGUAAAUAGCCGCAUCCAGACGGGAACGGAUCACUGGGUGAAAAGCAUGGCACACCUACGCCUGCCGCUGUGAACAGACACGCCGACAGACCCAACGACACACCAAACUAUCGAAGAACAAAGAAUGAAUGCGCAUAAGUCCGUCGUCUUUCUCUUUCCGAGGCUCGUCGAAGGAUAAAAUGAACUUUGGCCAACAAAAUAUCAGAAGAAUUGUCGACUGGGGUGAGUCAUGCCAAUGGAAAUAUUCAGUUGUUAUGCUCACUUCACCGUUUUCAGAGAGAAGAGGGUUGCUUGUCGACACGGAAACAACAAGCCUGCAUUUUCAGAUUUUCCCCAGGCUGGAAGGUGUUUUAAAAUAAAUAAAUAAGUAAAAUACAGUUUCAGGUCACCCAGAAAGCCAUUUCUGUGUGGAUGACAGGCUAAAAUACUUUGCUAUUUUGACCUAACAAUGUUUCCGUGUGGAUAGCCCCUCAAGGAACACGAGACAGUGUUUCUCACAGGACUGCAAUCUAUUUGUGGCAGUGGUGGUGCGGGAGAAAGGCGUAAUGACGUAAUGGAAUUUGCAAAAUGACUAAAUCAGACAUGCAAUAUGUGCUUUCAUGUGAGAGUCGCCAAAAGUCUCUUUGCUAGAAUUGUCGUUGGGCGCUGUUAGAGAAUUGGGCCGCCACAAAUAAAUGAAUGUAUGGGAAACACUGCAAAUUUAAGGGACGUUUUUCUGUGGCAUUAAAGCAUUUGAAAGGAAUGAAUGAGCUUGUCUUGACUUCCUGUGCUGACAGUCAAGCAUUCACCAAAAGAACUCAUUUUAGGGAUGCACUGAUCCACAGCUCUGUUUGCUUUAACAUGCAAAAUGUAGUUAGAAGAGUAUCAGCGGACGGAGCCGUCUCCACAUAUGCACGCACACAAGCGCUGAGCUUCAACCUACAAAAAAAAAAAUCGGACAACACGGAACUUCUGUGUAGUGUUCA